UAUACUUACAUGGCCGAAGAUCAAUAUUAUCGUGUUAGGAAAGUUGUCGUGUCAGAUGAAGAGCAUUGUAAAGAAGAACGCAAUGUGAUUAGUAAUCCGCCCAAAACUACGCGCGUACUUAUGGGUUCACUUGUCUCAUCUCCGGCCAUCCUAAAAAAUACGGAUGGAGAACCGGGAUGUUAUUUUUGUUUUCCUGACCUUUCUAUACGUACAGAAGGAAAGUAUACGCUAAAGUUUUCACUAAUGAAAUUAGGAACUGAAGACCGAUUAAUAAAUACUAGGACAGGAAUUAUUUCCACAGUGUUUUCAAACCCGUUUACCGUAUAUUCGGCCAAGAAAUUUCCUGGUAUGACUGAAUCUACUGAGCUUUCGAAAGUUUUUGCAAAACAAGGGUUAAAGAUCCCCAUUCGGAAUGACGUUCGACCAAAAAAG